CCUUGCCGAGCAAAAAUCCGACCUCCCCGAACCACCACAGUUUGGAGAAUCCACCCAUUCGCCCUUUCCUCUCUUUCUCCAACCCUCCUCGUCUUCGCCCCCGCUCCCCUAAAUCGCGAUCUCCCCGAUCAUCAUCCCCACCCUCCGAUCCCGUGCCCUAAUCGUCGUCUCCCAGGUGGGCGAAAUUCUAGGGUUUCUGCGCCGCCUAGGGCUCGGGGAUCGCGCGGGGCGGCGCUGCGGCGGGGGCGGGGGCGGCGGCGGGGCGAGGAGCGCGAUGGAUUCGGAGGACGACAUGCACGACGCCAACGAUCUCGAGUCGCCCGACGACGACUUCUACAGCGGGGACACCGCGAUGGGGAGCGACGACGGAGACGGCGACUACGAUUUCGUCGACAACGAGCUGGACGAUUCCGAGGACAUCGCGUCCCACCGCCAACAGCACAAUUACACUAUUUUGAGUGAAGCUGAUACAAGACAACGCCAAGAGGAGGACAUAAGUAGAGUAUCAACUGUACUCUCGAUACCAAGAUCAGCAGCGUGUGUCCUUCUGCGCCAUUAUAAUUGGAGUGUCAGUAAGGUUCAUGAUGAAUGGUUUGCAGACGAAGAGAAGGUCCGGAAAGCUGUCGGUUUAUUGGAGCAGCCAGCGGAUAUGCCAAAUGGUAGAGAAUUGACUUGUGGAAUUUGCUUCGAAAGUUAUCCACGCAAGGGGAUUUGUGCUGCUGCAUGCAGCCAUCCUUUCUGCCGUGCAUGCUGGAGAGGUUACAUUAGUACAUCAAUAAGCGACGGUCCCGGAUGUUUAAUGCUACGUUGUCCUGAUCCAUCAUGUGAUGCUGUUGUUGGACAAGAUAUGAUUAAUGAUUUGGCUACUACUGAAGAUAAAGAGAAGUACGCCCGCUAUCUUCAUAGGUCCUACAUUGAAGAUAAUAGAAAGACAAAAUGGUGUCCUGCUCCUGGCUGUGAAUAUGCAGUGGAAUUCGUCAUGGGUAGCGGAAGUUAUGAUGUUUGCUGCAAUUGUUCUUAUAGCUUUUGCUGGAAUUGCACUGAGGAAGCUCAUCGGCCGGUAGACUGUGGCACAGUUGCAAAGUGGAUACUUAAAAACAGUGCUGAGUCCGAAAACAUGAAUUGGAUACUAGCUAAUUCCAAGCCAUGCCCCAAGUGUAAACGGCCUAUUGAGAAAAACCAGGGAUGUAUGCAUAUCACAUGCACUCCACCUUGUAAAUUUGAGUUUUGCUGGCUAUGUCUUGGUGCAUGGUCAGAGCAUGGGGAGAGGACUGGUGGUUUCUAUGCUUGCAAUCGCUAUGAGGCAGCAAAACAGGAGGGAGCGUAUGAUGAAUCUGAGAGGAGGAGAGAAAUGGCUAAAAACUCGCUUGAGAGAUACACACAUUAUUAUGAACGUUGGGCCACCAAUCAGUCGUCAAGGCAAAAGGCACUAGCAGAUCUGCAGAGUAUGCAAAAUGAAAAGCUUGAGAAGCUGAGUGACAGACAAAGCCAACCUGAGUCUCAGCUCAAGUUCAUAAUAGAAGCCUGGUUACAGAUAGUGGAGUGUAGGCGAGUAUUGAAGUGGACCUAUGCUUACGGUUACUACCUACCUGAGCAUGAACAUGCCAAGAGACAGUUCUUUGAAUAUUUACAAGGCGAGGCUGAGUCAGGGUUGGAGCGUCUUCAUCAGUGUGCAGAAAAGGAACUACAAGUAUACCUUGAAGCAGAAACUCCAACAAAAGAUUUUAAUGACUUUCGUACCAAGUUAGCUGGUCUUACCAGUGUAACCCGGAACUAUUUUGAGAACCUUGUCCGAGCACUGGAGACUGGGCUGAAUGAUGUGGGUUCUUCCAAUAGCCAGGCUACAUGCAGCAAGAGCUCGAGCUCGAAGAACCUCGGUGGCAAGCACAAGGGUAGCAAGAAACUGAUCGCUAGUACUAGUUCCAGAUCGGGCGGCCCAAGUCGCAUAAUGGAUGAUGGUAAUUUCUGGCCGUGCGACCACUGCACGUACGCGAAUCCAAAGUCGGCGAGCACAUGCCAGAUGUGCGACAAACACCGAUAGGUCACAAACCCUUACUUGCUCUCUUCUCCCAUCGGCAUUCCUAGUUGGUAGAAUUCUACUAUCUGAUGCAGGCGAAAGUCACCUCUGGUCACCUAGGAAGGGGAAUAAAAAAGCGAAACGAGAGAUGGAGAGAAGAAACCGGUGAUGCAGCUAGUUUUAUGCUUGUUUGUCGACGAACAAGUUAAAAAAGGGAAAUUAUUCGCAUUAUCUGUAUAUAUGUAUUGACCUGUCUGUAUUUGCUUGGGUUGUUUAAGUUAAUCAAGGUGACAUGCUGGCGCGACGCAGCAUGCAUUAAUACACUGACUUUGUAAUCGUUCUGCAGUAAUGCAUUGACCUGCGAAUGAGAAACUGCGUGUCCGUUCUAUCAUUCAAAUUCAUGUACCAACUUGCCUUAUGAGAGGAGAGUAAAUAGAAAAGCUUGGUUAUUAAA